AUGAGAUUCUUUUAUCAUUUGAUUUUUCUAGUAAUAUAAUAGUUGAUAAUUGUAGUAUACAUACAGUUUCAAUAAGGACUUCUGGUCAUGAAAAAUCAAAUUUCACUCUUGUACUUACUUGUUUAGCUGAUGGAACUAAACUUCCAUCUAUUAUUAUUUUUAAACUAAUGAAUGUUCCAAGGCAACCAUUUUUUGCUAGAAUUAUAUCUAACUCACGAGAUGAUAAAGAAGAUUAUUUAAUUUUUGACUAUGAUAAACUUGGUCAAUGUACAAAUUCACGCAACUAUAUAUAUAUACAAAAUAAGUUUGAAAACUAUGGUGAAAGUUCAGUUACAAGUAUCAGCAAAAGUUCAAAUAAAAGUAUUAGUAAAAGUUUAAGUGCAAGUAUUAGUAAAAGUUCAAGUGCAAGUAUUGAUGAAAGUUCAAGUAUAAACAUUAAUGAAAGUUUAGAUUUAUACACUAGUGAAAGUUCUAAUACAAUUAUUAGUGAAGAUUCAGAUACAAAUAUCAAAGCUAAUUUUAUUCAUGAAUAUGAAGCUGAUUUCAAUAAUAAUAAUAAAGUUGCUCCAAAAGCUCAAAA